UGCGAUGGUGCGUGUUGUUCGCUGUUAGGUCUAGUCAUAGCCUCACUGUAGCUCUGCCAUGUCCCAAAAUGACUAUGAAAAGGAGAAGCCCGCCGUGAUGGCUGGGGCAGAUCAUCUGUUCCUUAUAUAUAUUGCCUGAAGACAUGCAUACUCUUUUUGCCGGACUUUAUCACGCAUUCCGGCAGGUGUUCAACCCCAACCACAACAUGGAUUUGUUUCGCAGACUGGGUGAAUGCCGCGAGACUCGCAACGCGAGGAGGCACAUUGAGCGAAUCCGAAGCGAUAAAAAACGUCGCGAUGAUGACUUGAAAGAAAGUCAGGACAAUCUUUCUAGCCACACACCCACCCACAUCCUCCACCAUCUCAUCCAAAACGCCGACGACACAGAAUACGACUCCGUCAAGUCAACCCUUACCUUCACAUACAAGAAAGGCCACCUUCGGAUCGACUGGAACGGCCGCGGACUCUCGUCCCAGGAUAUCGACGCACUCUGCCACCAGCACAGCGGACUCCGAUCCGUCUUCAACAUCGCCGACCAGGCCUGGAUCCGGUCCAGGAAAUACUCGUUCAAGCUCAACCGACAGCUGAUUCCACAAUGGGAUUCUUUCCCAGAACCCUCAUCCCACCGGGGUACUUCGAUGUACCUUUCGUUAUCCGACAAGGACUCAGAGCGAGAGAUGGUUGAACAGCUGCAAGCCAUCGAUCCCAAGAUCCUGAUGCUUCUGCGGAAUAUUAGGCUGCUUAGAAUCAGCAUCACUCAAGAUGACGGCACUGUCGAGGAACGCGACCUGCAACGACAGGAUGACCAUUCCCCAACGGACGGACACUAUACCACGACUCUCAAGUCCGACGGCUUUUCGGAGAGAUUUCUCGUCUUCCAAGAUACGAGGGAGUCGACUGAAGGUCCAGAGACCCAGCUAGCCUUUCCCAUUGACAGUGAUGACCAGCCCUCUGUCGACACGCAAAAGGUGUACACAUUAUUCCCAAUCCAAGACUGUGGCAUCAAGUUUUGCAUCCAAGCAAACUUCUCGAUCAUUCCCAAUCUUGUCGACCUCUGGUCCGAUUCCAAGGACACCCUCUUUUGCAACAUCCUCAGUGUCUUUGAGCAUGCAGUCGAUUACUUCUUGGCUCAUGAUCAAUAUCGUCUGACAUGGCUGAAGUACCUCUCAUUCGGUCCUCACCAGCAAGAGUUCUUCAAGCAACUCGAGGACAGCAUCAUGCAGCGUCUCCGCGCGAAGCCCAUACUCCGGUCAGAAACGGGCGAUUUGGCCAUACCUAGCAACCUCUUCUACGUCCCCUCUCAUUUCAGAGGAGACAAUGGAGCGCCACUCACCCUCUGCGAUGCCACCGCAUCGAUGUACCUGUCACGGGAAUACUCGCCUAGUGACUGGCCACUCCUGGAGAACCUUGGUGUCCGUCUUCUGCGCGUCGGGGACUUUGUGGAUCAGCUUUCGGAUGCACAUGUGUUCCACCAAAAUCAUGAACCGGAAGCGACGCAGUGGCAUAUCCGUGUUGCGCGAGCGAUCGUUCAACAAAGCGAUCGUGAGGUAUGCAUACCCAGGUUGCGGCAGUUGUCCCUCAUCCCUCUCCACAAUGGGAGAUGGGCCUCAGCCGUUGAAGGAAACCUGUUCCUUCCAUCAGCCCUUUGUCAUUCUAUACCAGAAGGAUUCGACGCCUGGGAAGUGGACUCUGCAGUUACUCUUGACCAAGACAGAAUGCAUCUCAUGCAACUUCUCCACGUCAGACCGUUUGAUGCAACAGCGAUUCAGCAAAUUGUCGCUGAGAAACUCGUCAUGCCGGAACAGGCAAUGACUCUUUCCGAGGAGCAGCUCAUUAAAGCAGCUGUAUUCCUUUUCGUCACUGGAUGGAGCAACACAGACGCGGCUGAUCCUCAUGUCGCCACGGACCAAGACAGUCGACCUCGUCCUGCAUCAUCUGUUUAUCUGCCUUCCAAAUCGCCGUACUCGGCAAGUGAAUUGCUGAAGCAGCGCAACGGCUCUUUCUUUCUGAAGGAAGCCUACUUUUCCGCUGGUGUUACGGACGAAGUUGGGUGGAAGACAUGGCUGUCUACCAACUUUGGUUUGUCGGAAAUCCCAAGAUUGCAGGCAGAAUCUGCAGAGGGGACUGUCUCUCUCUCCAUCGACUUUGCAUUUCUUGUCCACAAUGCUCGCCCGGUGGACUGGUUGCGGCUCUUGAAGAUCCACCAUGUUCAAGAUGACUCAUACUUGAAGAAUGAGAAUAUUCGGACAGCCUUGCAAUCGGUCAAGGUGCCUUGCCAUGGAGGCGGAAUGCUCCCUCUUGGUGAUACGUAUCUUCCAUACGCAGACUUUCUUGGUCAUGGAACAUCACCAUUCCUCCAGAUCCCCUUGGACGAUGAUUGGUCUUUUCUCGAGCUACUGGGUGUCUCAGUCAAGAGAGAUAUCGGUUUCUGUACGCGGCUGCUGAAGCAUGUUUCUGGGGGCGAUCCUUCUCAAGUACGACUUGACGCGAUUUACAGUGAUAUCGCACGGAUGUCUGAUGGACUGGGUGACUCGAUUAGGCACGACUUCAUCCAGAACGACCUGAUCUAUAUUCAGGUCGACGGGGCGCAAGGUCGAUGGGUCUCACUCUCCGGCUGUGUCUGGGAAGGUCCAGAUAGCCUCUUCCAAACGCCCCGGCUCGAGAAAAUAUAUCCCAGCCAGGCUCCACUGUUCAAGGACAUCCUCCUAAUCCAAGAUGCUACACCUGAAACACUUCUUCGUGAGAUUGACGGCCUGGUGCCUGGCAGCGAAAAUCCUCACGUGUUUGCCUUGCUGCGGGAUGUGGAUACAUUGCUUCAGCAGUCCAACAUCUCUUUGCCUUAUCACCAAUUCCAACACCGAAAGAUCUUCCCCGUGGUUGAUGUGAACGGAACUUGCUCCAUGAGGAGUAUGGAUGACCAGUCCGACUGGUUAAUCGCGGACCGCGAAUACUACAGACGUGCUUUCGACCGGCAGGUUCCGUUGCUUGCACUUCCCGUUGACGCGAUCUCGAAUCUUCCUACCUUGACAAGCUUGUGGAGGCUCGAUAACCGAGUUGUGUCAGCCAGAUUGGGAUAUGAGAUCGACCAUUGUGAUGAAGGCGCCCUGGAGCAGGAUUUCAGCGACCGUAUCCGCGAGAAGAUUGGGCUCAUUGCUCGGUUGGUCCCCGAGACCGAAUCAGUGACUGAUAAAAUCGAAUUGCUGCUGAGGACAGAUAUUUACCGAUCUGACGAAAUCACCAUUCGAUGGAUUAUUCAAACCCAACACUCAACUGUCAAAAGUAACGCAAUGCCCGGCCAUGCACACGCCAUACAGCAGAACGGAGGGAUCCGCAUGUAUCUACACCAGGACCACCUCUCCCGUCAGUCUCUGCCUCUCGAGUUUUUCGAAGAACUCGAGUGGCUCCUCAAGGUUGACCCGAGAAAUCGACAUCUCCUGCAGUUGAUCAUCAAUCACCCUGACCAAGGAUAUCUUCAUGAUACCCUGGACCAGAAAGGGGUCCCGAGAUCCAGAAUGGCAGUUGUAACAUUAUUAGAAGGUAUGUUUGGCGAAGAUUGCUUGUCAGAUGAGGUCAGAUGCUAACAUUGUUCAAGAAGGACCCGAUAUCUUUUGUCAAUAUCAG